UGCUGAGGAUAAUAAACACUGAAACACCAAGAACUGACAGUCUGAGACACGGAUUAUAAUGGCAGCCUCAUUACGACAGUUUCAUGUACACUGCCAUGGGUAUCAACUCCAAGCGUACAAACUUCACGCUGUCCGUCAGCUUCACUGUCUUUAUUCUCCUGUUCAAGACCAAGAAGCAAUUUCUCAAUGAAUGUGAUCAGCAACUCUACAGCUCGCUCAGGACUCCUUUACUGCUAUGGCAACUCUACAGCUCGCUCUGGACUCCUUCACUGCUCCUUUCUCUCUUCGUCUCUCUCAAUCCCUUCUUCCUACUCAGAGUCCAAGUUUCUUCUGUUUCAGAAGAAGUUUGUCAAACCUGUUGUGCAUUUUAUGAACUGUAGUAGCAGCUUGAGUGUACUGUUGCCCUUUCAGAGUUUAUCUUUGGGAUUGGAUUUGAAUUCUAACAAUGUGGUAAGAGAGGAGAGAGGCUAUGGCCUAGUGGUCAGAGCUGGAAAGGAUACUCUUUGUCAAACCAAGAGGAGCAGGUCUCGGAAGUCUCUGGCUCGGACUCAUGGCUUCCGUUGACGGAUGAGAACCACCAGCGGAAGUGCUGUGUUGAAACGUUGACGUGACAAGGGACGAUAGGUUCUUUGCACCAAGUCCAACCCUAAUUCAGGAAGACUUCAUCUUUAAGUUAGUCCAGUAGUUUCAUUUGAUGAAGUUUAAUGGUGCCCCCUGAUUGUUUUCAUUCAAAUUUCGACAAUACACAAUUAAAGAUGACGUUUAAGGCUCAUUGAUUCAGAGGUUGCAUAUUAGUUUUUGUUUA